CCUUUUUUUCGUCACUGUUAAUCCUUUCCCCUUUUUAUGAGAGAGAAAAAUUAAAAUCAACAAUGGAGGAGAGAGAAUUUCCGACGAAAGUACGGUUAGGGUUUUUGUUAGGGUUUACAAUCUUCACCAUCUUCUUCUUUAAUUCAAUCGAACAAAUUGAAGGUUCAAUUCACGAUUACAAAAAUGAAGAUUUCAUUCCUCAGUCUAAUGCCUUUUUCUUCCAUGGCGGAAGUGAAGGUCUCUACGCUUCUAAAGUUUACGAUCACUCUUCUUCUUCCGAGAAAAGUUACCAAGGAAGGUCUUUUAUCAGAUUUGAGUCCAUCAUUUUGACGAGAACAAAGGAGUCUGCUGAGAAGCAGAAUGAAUGGCAGCAAUAUACUGGUACGGUGGAAGCUAUCAUUGUUGAGGUGAAAGACCGAGAAAGGAUUGGUGGCACGUACCUUAAAACUGAUGCUAUCUGUUGCAACCACACCCUUGCAAGUGAGGGGCAUUGCAAAGUGGGAGAGGUUAUUAUCCAUCCCAAUCCGGAAAACCGUGAAUGGCCUCAACGUAUCAAGAUCUUCUUUGAAGCAAAGAAUGAUAAGGCCUCGAUGCCUCUCAAAUCUGUUGACAUUAACAGCACAGGAAUGUAUUAUUUGUAUUUUAUGUACUGUGAUCCGGCACUGAAGGGUACCACAAUAAGUGGAAGAACAGUAUGGAAGAAUCCGGAUGGUUAUUUGCCUGGGAAAAUGACUCCUUUGAUGAAGUUUUAUGGCUUCAUGUCAUUAGCAUACCUCUUGCUAGGACUGGGUUGGUUACUGCGGUUUGUGCAGUUCUGGAAAGAUAUUAUACAACUGCAUUAUCACAUUACAGCAGUGAUUUCCCUUGGUAUGCUUGAAAUGGCGUUAUGGUACUUUGACUAUUCAAAUUUGAAUGCAACUGGUAUUAGACCAAUGGGGGUCACUAUGUGGGCAGUAACCUUCACUGCAGUAAAAAAGACUCUCUCCCGUCUUCUCCUUCUGGUUGUUUCCAUGGGAUAUGGUGUGGUGAAACCAACUUUAGGGGCUAUUACGUCAAAGGUUCUGCUUUUUGGGGCUGUUUACUUUCUUGCUUCAGAAGCACUUGAACUGUAUGAACACUUGGGCAACAUUAAUGAUUUCUCUGGGAAAACAAAAUUAGUUCUGGUGUUGCCUGUUGUGUUUAUGGACACAUGCUUCAUUUUGUGGAUCUUUUCCUCUCUUUCGAACACUCUGGAGAAGCUUCAGAUUCGUAGAAGCAUGGCCAAAUUGGAGCUGUACCGGAAAUUCACAAAUUCCCUUGCGAUAUUUGUGGUUCUAUCAAUUGCUUGGAUAGGUUAUGAGUUGUAUUUCAAUGCAACUGAUCCUUUGAGUGAGCUCUGGCGAAUUUCAUGGAUCAUUCCCGCCUUUUGGGCUGUGCUUGCGUACUCUCUUUUAGUAGUAAUAUGUAUACUCUGGACUCCUUCUCGCAAUCCUACAAGGUAUGCCUAUUUCGCAGAGUCAGGCGAUGACUUAGAUGAAGAGGGUGUCUCGCUAACAAGUAGUGGAGUGAAGAUUGCCGCUGAUAUGGCAAGCAAGCUCGAGUUGAAAGAGAGAAAAGUUCCGAGCACAACAGAACACGUGUUUGUUGGGGUUAGGGAGGAGCUAGAGGAGGACAAGCGAGAGUAGAUGGAGCAGCAAUGGUUUCUCUUAUCUGCUGCACCAUAAUUUUGACUCAUUCUGACUGAUACUUGGGGUUGGGGGGGGGGGGAUGUUGUUGUUGUUGUACAUACGGGAAAGAUGACCAGCUUAGCAUAAGUAUUAAGGAAAACUGGUAAAGCUUUCUUGUGAAAUCAUGUGAUUACUGUAACUAAAAGCUAUGAAAAGAGAACUAGCUGAUUCUGUGGUGCAUUUGAUCCUCAAGCUUGGUGUUGAAGCAUGCACGAUUUUCUACUUUAAUACUACCAACUAUUUUGCUUUGUACGCAACUAUAAACUGCCCUUGAAUGUAUUGAAGUUGGCUGUAAUGUGUUUGUUGCACAUCACCUUUUUCCUGAAAAA